UGACAAGAUGUAAAUAAAUGUCAAAUAAUGCAUUGUUGUUUCAUAUAGCUCAAAGUUUCCUCCAUCAUUUUCCUUGUUCAAUGCUCCAUAUUUUCCUCAAUUCUAAUUAAGUUAUUAGAAAAAUGGUGCAAUUAUAUUGCUUGAGUAUUCUAUACAAAGGUCCCACAAGUGCAACAUGGCUGAAAUCGGCAUUCGAUCUCCAAAAAUUUGGUUACUUUCAAAAAGGUUCUAUUCAAGAAUUUAUGACUUUCUUUUGUAAAACUAUCGUGGAGCGCACCUCCCCAGCGUCUCGACAAUCUGUUAAGGAAGGAGAAUAUAUGUGCCAUGUCUAUGUAAGAUCAGAUAACUUGGCUGGAGUAGUGAUCUCUGAUCAAGAAUAUCCAUCUAGAGUAUCUCAUACUCUUCUUACCAAGAUUUUAGAUGAGUUCAGUCAAAUACAUCCUUCUAAUUGGCCUAAUUUAACAGAAAAAGAUGUAUCGUAUCCGCAAUUGAAUCAGUACCUUGCUAAAUACCAAAAUCCCAAAGAAGCUGAUGCUAUGACUAAGAUACAAGAGGAUUUAGAUGAAACUAAAAUUAUACUACAUCAUACCAUUGAAGCUGUGUUACAAAGAGGAGAGAAACUAGAUGAUUUAGUAGCUAAAUCAGAAGGAUUGAGCAUACAAUCCAAAGCAUUUUAUAAAACAGCAAGGAAAACAAAUAGUUGCUGUUCAUUUUAAUGAAAUGGUGUUCAUGAUCAACGAGGAAACCUUGGAACAUUAAAAUUAUGGAAUAUAAAAUAACUGCAGAAUAUAAAUGUCUUCAUAUUUAUGAAGAAAUGUAAAAUUUUGAUACUUUCUUCGAGUUCUAUAAAGAAUUGCAAACAUGGAAAUGUUAUGAAAUAAUAAGUUAAGCCAGUUCCUUCUAAAAUGGAUAGCAGAAGACUCAUACUCUUACCUGAUGUCAUGUUGUUACUUGAUGUGUAUUUAUCCCAAAAAAUAAUUGUUAUAGUCAAAAGAGGAGGCUAUCUGUACUUCUGUUAUGAGCUGUAUGUGAAAUUCUUUUGAUAAUUUUCAUAUUGUGAGCAAUAUGUUUACAUUUAUUUAAAUAUACAACUGAAUGUG